AUGGCGAACCUUCGACUUGGCACCGCCUUUGGUGCAGUUGCGGUGACGCUGCUCGUUUUUAUGCAGUUGAUUGCCGUGAUGCGCCACACGGAUCAACUUCCUCCGUCAAGCUUCAACAGAAACCUCAAUCAGUGGAGAAACAGAGCGGGCGCUGCGACUGAUGAUAGUCUGUUCCUGGUGGGUGCCGGCAAGGCGGAUGUAACUGGCCCCAUCGUCGAAGUAGACUUUAAUGGCUAUGCCAGUCUAAACCAGCUGGGUACGGGUCUGCGACAAAGAAUCUACUCGCGUGCGUUCAUAUUCGCAGACCCCAACAACCCCGACGACACCUUCAUCUACCUGGUCCUUGACACGCUCGCCGGCGAUACUGCUGUGAGACAUGGUGUCCUACAGGGUCUCGCCGCGCUGGGUGGUGACUAUGCACGCUAUGGCGAGCACAACGUUGCCUUGACCGGGACACAUUCUCACUCUGGUCCUGGCGCAUGGAUGAACUACCUGCUGCCGCAGAUCCCGACUAAGGGAUUUGACAAACAGAGCUAUCAAGCGAUCGUAGACGGCACUAUCCUGUCCAUCAAGCGUGCGCAUGAGAGUCUGACUCCUGGACGCCUUUCCUUCGGGUCGAUUGACCUGGAAGAUGCCAACAUCAACCGCAGCCCUUACUCUUAUGAUCAUAACCCUGAGGAAGAAAAGGCAAAGUACUCGGCCAAUGUUGACAAGACACUGACCCUCUUGCGCUUCGAUCGUGAGUCGGAUAACAAGACUUCGGCCGUGCUAACUUGGUUCCCGGUUCAUGGCACGUCGAUGUACAAUAACAAUACCAUCGUUACCGGUGACAACAAAGGAGUCGCGGCAUAUCUCUUUGAGCGAAGCGUGGAUAAUGAUUCUAGAUUUGCUGACGACGUCGUGAUCGGAUUCUCUCAAUCUAACGUCGGUGACACGAGCCCGAAUGUCGAGGGCGCGUGGUGCGAGGAUGGAUCGAAUGUAAUGUGCACGUACUCAGAUAGCACCUGUGGAGGUUCUUCUGGAUCCCGCGCGAGAGGUCUUUCGCAGGGCCUUUCCCGUCGUGCCACAGGUACAAACGAGGCCUGCCACGGUCGAGGUCCUUUCUUCCGUGAGAAGGACAAUGGCGCGAAGAGCUGCUUCGAAAUUGGCAAGCGCCAGUACACCGCAGCGAAGACUCUCUAUGGACAACUAGGUUCUGGGGGCACUGCCAUCACUGGUAGCUCGGAUGUUCGCUCGUUCCAUGUGUACCAAGACAUGAACGGAUACACAUUCCCGUCACCAUUCAAUGGCACCACCUUGAAAACAUGUCCCGCCGCGCUGGGAUACUCGUUCGCUGCCGGGACAACGGACGGGCCAGGCGCUUUUGACUUUACACAGAACGCGACCGGCCCAGCCGCUCAAAAUCCUCUGUGGAAGGUGGCUCGCGCAUUUAUCCACCAGCCUACGGAGGAGCAAGAAAAGUGUCAGGGAGCCAAAGACAUCCUCCUUGACGUGGGAACCCUGACUGAGCCCUAUGCCUGGGCCGCGGACAUUGUGGACAUUCAGGUACUGCGAGUUGGUCAGCUCUUCAUCGUCGUGUCUACCAGCGAAGCCACAACGAUGUCUGGACGCCGCUGGAAGGCUGCGAUUGCACAAGCUGCCCAGGAUACCCUCUCCGUGUCAAACCCACAGGUCGUGCUGGGAGCUCCAUCUAACAGUUACGCACAUUAUGUCGCGACCGAAGAGGAAUACAACGUCCAGCGCUAUGAAGGGGCCUCCACCCUCUAUGGACCUAGUACGCUCGCAGCCUACAUCAACCUCACCCUCACGUAUCUCCCCUACCUCGGCAGCGCCUCUGAUGUCGCCAAACUACCGACGAUCCCGGUGGGCCCAAACCCACCCGUCAACACUAACAACUCGCUCAGUUUUAUCACGGGCGUGGUAUACGACAAUGCCCCGAUUGGCAAGUCGUUUGGUGACGUCGUGUCUAACCCACCAGCAACGACCUACGGACCCGGAGACCUCGUCAACACGACCUUUGUCGGCGCCAAUCCGCGCAACAAUCUCCACCAGGAGUCUACCUAUGCGGCCGUCGAGCGGCAGACGGACUCUGGAGACUGGGAGGUUGCUCGGAAUGAUCGUGACUGGAAUUUGGUGUUUACAUGGACGCGUACAAACACCGUACUCGGCUAUAGCGAGGUCACUCUGCAGUGGCAGAUUGAGGAUGAUUAUUACAGUGUGGAUGAUCCGAAUCCCGUGCAGAGUGGCACGUAUCGGAUGCAUUACUAUGGGGACUACAAGAAUGUGCUCGGGCAGGUCCAGUCGUUUGAGGGGAUUGGAGGGACUUUUACUGUGAAGGCAUCGUAG